UUGCAGCUCCCUUUGCCCGAAGCCAUCAAAGAUCCUGAAUUCCUGAUAUCGGAUUUCGCGAAAUUCGACCGCCCAGCGCAGCUGCAUCUUAUAUGGCAAGCUUUUGACGCAUUUUAUGAGCAGAAGAAGUUUCUUCCCCGCCCCUAUAACGAGGCGGACGCCGGUGAAAUGCUAUUUUUAUGUGAAAAACUGAACGCUGCGGCACCAGAGAAAACGAGGUUGCCCGACAUCGACAAAGAUCUGGUCAGGCUCUUCAGUUUUCAAGUCGAGGGCAAUCUCAUACCAAUAACGGGCUUUAUUGGAGGCAUUGCUGCACAGGAAGCAAUGAAGGGGAUGACAAGUAUAUUCACACCUAUACGUCAGUGGUUUUACUUCGACGCCUUGGAAUGUCUGCCGGACAGUGACAGCCCCUUCAAACUCAACAAGCAGACUUGUUCCGCAAGGGGCUCUCGGUACGACGGGCAGGUGGUCGUGUUUGGCUGGCCGUUUCAGGAGGCUCUAUUGCGCCAGAAGUGGUUCAUCGUCGGUGCUGGUGCGAUCGGUUGUGAGUUGUUAAAGUAUUUCGCUCACAUAGGCGUCGCUUGUGGUCCCGGCGGUUGCUUGUUCCUCACCGACAUGGAUAGCAUUGAAACAUCGAAUCUGAAUAGGCAGUUCUUGUUUCAUCGCCAAGAUGUUGGGAGCAAGAAAUCUGAGGUGGCUGCGAAAGCCGCGAAAAGCUUUAACCCGGCGUUGAACAUCAAGGCGAUGUGUGAUCGCGUAGGCGGAGACACAGAGCAGAUAUUCAACGAUUCGUUUUUCGAAAACUUAGACGGCGUAACGAACGCUCUGGACAACGUCGAAGCGCGCACUUAUAUGGACCGUCGAUGCGUAUAUUACCGAUUACCCUUAGUCGAGUCUGGUACACAGGGAGCUAAAGGAAACGUACAGGUCGUCUACCCGUACCUCACGGAGUCAUACAGCAGUUCGCAAGAUCCACCUGAAAAAUCGAUACCCAUCUGUACUUUGAAGAACUUCCCUAAUGCAAUUGAGCAUACGAUACAGUGGGCACGUGAUCUGUUUGAAGGCCUGUUCACGAUUCCAGCUGAAUUGGCCAAUCAGUUUUUGGAUGAUCCACGUGGGUUUUUUGAAAGAGUCGACAAAAUGCACGCUGGACAAAAGGCUGAAAUGCUCGCUUCGGUGAAACGGGUGCUGAUCGACGAUAGGCCAUCGAAUGCAGAGCAAUGCAUUACGUGGGCUCGAAUGCGAUGGGAGGAGAACUUCAACUGGCAGAUCCGUCAAUUGCUGCACAACUUUCCGGCCGAUCAAGUGACUUUGCAAGGUGCCAAAUUUUGGUCCGGAAGUAAGCGAUGUCCUCACCCAUUGACGUUCGACGCAAAUGACCCAACGCAUACCGAGUUUGUGUAUUCUGCAUCGAUUCUGCGGGCUCAAAUGUACAAUAUAAUACCGAUCGUGGACUUGACAAAGGUAGUCGAAAUUGCCACCGCUCAACAACCGCCGCCUUUCGUUCCGAAGUCCGGAGUGCGUAUUGCGAUCAACGAUCAGGAGGCUCAACAGGCUGCGCAAAAUGGGGUCGAAGGUAAGGGCGCUCAUCGAUGGCAGUCUGACGACUUAUCCCGUUCGUUGUUUACUGUUGCUUUUAGACGAUGGCCGCUUCCAGGAGUUACACCUGGCUUUAGCCAAAUUGAAGCCUGACA